GCGUGCGCGCCUCUCUGAAAAUACUGUCCAUUGUUCCCCUCGGACCAAUCAGUGCUAGACAUUGUCCAAAUGAUGGACCAAUCAUAAUGCACUGGCCGUGCCUCGACUCCGCCUACAACUCUAUAUUAAAGGCUCCCCGGUCGGGCCGGGUUGCCACUGGCACUAUAAGUCUUUUUUUUCUUUUACACUGGUGGGACUGAGUGGAUCGUAUCAUUAUUUUUUCUGAUCCCCUAUAACAUUUGUUACAUUAGGCUAAAACAGAAACAUGGCUGACACAAAAGUCGACAAGAAGGAGAUCUCUGCCAAGGACCUGAAAGAGAAGAAGCUUGUUGAGGAGGCAGAAAAUGGAAAAGAUGCCCCAGCCAAUGGGAAAAAAGCUAAGGAGGCUGAGGAGAAUGGAGAUGUAGAGGAUGUAGACGAGGAGGAGGAUGUGGGAGAGGAGGAGGAUGAGGAAGAGGAUGUUGAGGGCGACGAAGAUGAUGAAGAUGACGAUGAGGUCGAGGGUCGCGCAGGCAAGAGGGCGGCGGAAGAUGAUGAAGAUGAUGAUGAUGAUGAUGAGGAGGAUGUUGGAACGAAGAAGCAGAAAACCGAUGAUGAUUAAGAGUUGUGUUUCAACCCGCUGGAAGCCCCUGUAACCUCUCUCCUAGACCACCGAGCGUUUUGGAGGGAAACUGUGGUCAUCAUCAAGUAGAGUUCAACGUCCGUGUACACACACCCAAUGUCCGUGUACACACACACCCAACUGCAAAUUUUUUAGAAUACCCAAGACUUCAAAGUUCUACCUUCUUAACAAGAUACAGUACUUUAAAAGGAGAAUUUGUUUGUAUUUUUAUUUACAUUUUAUAUUUUUGUACAUAUUGUUAGGAGGUCAGCCAUUUUUCGACAGUGAUCUCUGGUUACCAAACGGUGCUUUGGAGUUGAUGCUUCUCUAUGAAAUAGACUUUACUUGUGGUUUGACCAUGUCAUGUUAUCUCAACACAAACUUGUACAAAUUUCAGAAAACAAUUAAAUUUAAAGCAUUCCAGUAACUUUGUAUUUGUACUUUAGUUGUACCAUACGUAGUUGGUUUGUAUGAGAUGGCAAGGCCAAAGAAAAGAGGUUUCUUUUCUUUUAUGUCGUUUAAAUUGCUGUCUGUUGUGGCCUGUUCAAUGUACGUGUGAAUUUGUUGUAAGACAAUAAACCAGAAUUUUAGUUUGUGAGCACUUCUGAUUAGUUUUUUUUUUUGUUUAAUUUUUCUUCAGUUUUUUGACCCGUCGUAGAUGAGACUUCAUAAUGUUAUGUUACAGUCAGCCUCCUCAACUAUGAACAUCAUCAUACAGCUUUUGGCUCUAUAAUCUAUAAAAGUAUCCUUUUCAGAUAUGCUGUUCAUGUGUUUUAUUGAGCUGUUAGAACUGUACAUCAUUGUAAAUUAUUCAUGCCAUAAAGACUUCAAGAUCUGGUAAAUUAUAUUGCAUUUAAUAAAUUUACCUGAGUGAA